AAGAUCUCCUCCCCACACCGGCCAUUCCCACCACCACCACCGCCACCGAACAUUUCUCACUGACCACUGUGCCGCGCCGUGCUCACACACAGAACGACGAUGGCCGCGUCGGCGCUUCACCAGACCACCAGCUUCCUCGGGCAGGCCCUGGUCUCCCGCCCCGCCGCCGCCGCCGCCGAUGCCGGCGGCCGCAUCACCAUGCGCCGCACCGUCAAGAGCGCUCCCCAGAGCAUCUGGUACGGCCCUGACCGCCCCAAGUACCUUGGCCCGUUCUCGGAGCAGACGCCGUCGUACCUGACCGGCGAGUUCCCCGGCGACUACGGGUGGGACACGGCGGGGCUGUCGGCGGACCCGGAGACGUUCGCGCGGAACCGCGAGCUGGAGGUGAUCCACUCGCGGUGGGCGAUGCUGGGCGCGCUGGGGUGCGUGUUCCCGGAGAUCCUGGCCAAGAACGGCGUCAAGUUCGGCGAGGCGGUGUGGUUCAAGGCCGGCGCGCAGAUCUUCUCGGAGGGCGGGCUGGACUACCUGGGCAACCCGAACCUGGUGCACGCGCAGAGCAUCCUGGCCAUCUGGGCGUGCCAGGUCGUGCUCAUGGGCUUCGUCGAGGGCUACCGCGUCGGCGGCGGCCCGCUCGGGGAAGGGCUCGACAAGGUCUACCCCGGCGGCGCGUUCGACCCGCUCGGGCUCGCCGAUGACCCCGACACCGCCGCGGAGCUCAAGGUGAAGGAGCUCAAGAACGGCCGCCUCGCCAUGUUCUCCAUGUUUGGGUUCUUCGUCCAGGCCAUCGUCACCGGCAAGGGACCCAUCGAGAACCUCUUCGACCAUGUCGCUGACCCCGUCGCCAACAACGCCUGGGCUUACGCCACCAACUUCGUCCCCGGCAACUAAAGCUGAUCGAGCGAGCGAGCUGAAGCUGAGCAGAGCAUCCAUGCGUGCAUGUCGAGCGAGGUCUCUUGUACUCUACUUGUUGUUUUCAAUCGUAGGCGUGUAGUAGUUGCACGAGAUCGAUGUAAACUAAGCACAGAUCGCAUGUAACAUCAGUGUGGAUGAAUCAAUCUAUAUCGAUGGCCUGUACCAUAUUCAAUUUUCGAUCAAUCAUCGUUAAUUACUCCA